GCCCCCUCAUGACGUCUUCAGUGGUUCAAUAUGGCGGUGACUGAGUGAUCGUAUGCCCGACUGUCUCUAUGUUCUGUUCAAAUUUCUCCAGCAUGGCAACUCAAAAGCCUGUAGAAUGGGUAUCAGCGCUUAUUAUAAGAUUCGAGGAACAGUUGCCGUGUCGGACAGGCCCACAAACACAACACUCAAGAUUCAACGUGGAGCAGAACAAGGAGUACCUCAUCCAGAUUAGCAGAUACAAAUUUUCAUUAGUUAUCUCGGGCCUUUAUAAGAUUCUACAGAAAGUCAACGAAAUGCGGCCACAUGGGCCAGAUUUUGAAAAGAACGAGUCACUACUGAUUGUUUUGGACACGCUAGAAAAAUGUUUGUCCUCCCAGCCCAAAGAUACCACAAGAGAUGAGGCAAUGAAUGUUAAGCUUCUACUGCGAGAGACGUGUCAGUUCAUUGAUUUACCUAAUGAUAAUCCUAUGGUAGUUCAGCUCAAGAACUUAGCAUCAAAAGUACUCUUUGCUCUCAGUGUAAACAACUUUUCUGCAGUCUUCAAUAGAAUAUCAGUCAGGUUACAAGAACUAAGUACAAGCAACACAGAUGAAACUCCAGAUUUUACUGAUAUAGAAUUAAUACAGCACAUUAAUGUUGAUGUCAUUAGACUCAUCAAACUCCUAAAUGAAACGAUACAGAAAUUUCGGUGUUUACGAAAAAAUGCUCAAAUAGUGUUGAUGAAUUCAAUGGAGAAAGCGAUAUGGAAUUGGAUGGAUACGUACCCCAAUGAGUUUGCUGAUUUACAGAAACGCAGAAAUGAAGAUUUAGCAAAGUGCUGCGAAGUAAUGUUUGAACAUCUGGACAGCUUUGCUGAGAACAAUAAGCGGAGAGCAGCUGUUUGGCCUCUGCAGAUAAUGCUUCUAGUCCUCUCACCAAAAGUGUUGGAAGAAAUUGUGAAUGCAGAUGCUGGUGCUCCAUGUUCCCAAAGACAUUUUAAGAAGAAACAGUUUAUCGACCAAUUAAAAAAAGCCCUGAUACCCCACAACACUAGUAGACACCUAACGGAGGCAGCAGCUGUAACUUGUGUCAAGUUGUGCAAGAUUGCAACCUAUAUUAAUAUCAACGACUCUAACAAUGUAGUCUUUGCUUUAGUGCAGAGUGUUAUUAGUGAAUUGAAGAAUUUGCUCUUCAAUGUUGCCAAGCCUUUUUCUAGAGGUCAAAAUUAUAUAUGUCAAGAUGUGGACCUUAUGAUAGAUUGCUUUGUCUCACUCUUCCGGAUUCUUCCACACAACAACGAGGCUCUUAAAGUUUGUCUUAAUCCCAAUUCUCCAUCAACAUAUCACUUCGUACUGGUCAGUUCUCUUUACAGAAUAAUAACACAGACGCGGCUUCACUGGUGGCCUCAGAUUGAUAUAGUGUACAAUAAAUCUAGUGAGCUAAGAUCUAUGUUUACCGAAACCCUUAAUAAAGUGACUCAGGGAUGUAUCUCUCUCACCCCAUUGAGAAUUCAGACCUUUACGCUGAAGGAGAAAGUGGUUACCUUGAAGUUCAAAGAGAAGUCAUCAGAGGAAGCACCAUCAUACAAGAACCUUUUAUUAUGGAUGGUUCGUCUCAUCCAUGCUGACCCAAUGCUCAUGCUUAAUAAUCAGAGCAAAGCGGGUCAUGAAAUUCAAAGCUCCACCUUGGAACUGAUCAAUGGUUUGGUGUCACUAGUCCAUAACCCAUCUAUGCCAGAUGUGGCUGCUGAGGCCAUGGAGGCAUUGCUUGUUCUCCAUCAGCCAGAGAAAAUUGAGAUGUGGAACCCAGAAGCACCUAUAAAUACAUUUUGGGAUGUCAGUUCGCAGGUGCUGUUUUCUAUAUCGCAAAAGCUCAUACAACAUCAGAUCGUCAAUUACACAGAAAUACUUAAGUGGCUGAGAGAUAUCCUGGUGUGCCGUAAUGCCUUUCUCCUUCGCCACAAAGACUAUGCCAACUGUAACAUCGGUGCUCACAUAGCUAUUUGCAAACAAGCUCAUAUCAAACUGGAGGUUGUGUUUCUAAUGUACCUGUGGAGUAUUGACAUGGAUGCUGUGUUGGUGGCCAUGUCAUGCUUUGCCUUGCUCUGUGAAGAAGCUGACAUCCGUUGUGUGUGGGAUGAAGUCACUGCAACGGUCACCUACCUCCUCCCUAACUAUCAUGUUUACCAGGAACUUGCUGCUGCCUCCACCAUUCUUACAACAGCAUCUUUGGAAUCCAGAAUUUUUAGUCAACAGCACCAUCAGGGUAGAGCUGCCCUUCAGAAACGUAUUAUGGCUCUGUUACGCAAGAUUGAGAAAUGGACACCCGGCUGCCUUUAUGCAUGGGAAGACACAUUUAUCAACUGGGAAAAUUCCACGAAGAUGUUAGUAUCAUAUCCCAAGGCCAAACAAGAGGAAGGGCAAAUUUCUGAUAGUUUUCCUCGUUCAGUGUGUAAGAGAAGAGCAUCACACCAAAGCACUGAACAUGAAAUGGAGAUUCAGGAUCAAGUUAAUGAAUGGGCCAAUAUGACAGGAUUUUUAUGUGCACUGGGUGGAGUUUGUUUACUGGGUAAAUCACCAUCACGACCUCAGGGAGUUAGUCCAAGCUUGACUGUUGAUGUUAGAAAACCUGCUGUGUUGCCCAAUACCAAUCAGGACAUGCAGUACUGUCCUGUCACACAAUUUGUUGGCCAUCUCCUGAAACUUCUGGUAUGUAACAAUGAAAGGUUUGGGACACAGAUUCAAAAACAUGUGAAGGAGUUGGUGGGGCAUGAGAUGUCACCUCUACUCUAUCCUAUCCUCUUUGAUCAGACCAAGGUCAUUGUUGAUAAGUUCUUUGAUCAACAGGGACAGGUAAUUGUAAGUGAACUUAACACCCAGUUUAUUGAACAUAUAAUAUUCAUAAUGAAAAAUGUGUUAGAGAACAAGACAGAUCAUCCUUCUGAGCAUCUGGGUGUUACAUCUAUUGAACCUAUGAUGUUGGCAAUAGUGAGGUAUGUUCGACACUUGGACAUUACAGUCCAUACAUUACACAUUAAGACCAAACUUUGUCAGCUAGUAGAAGUAAUGAUGCAAAGGAGAGACGACCUUGCGUUUCGCCAAGAGAUGAAAUUUCGCAAUAAGAUGGUUGACUACCUCACUGACUGGGUUAUGGGUAAUUCUCACCAAAUUGCUCCACCAGGGACUAUUGAUGUAACUUCAGUUUCCAACUUGUAUAUGCAAUAUGAUAUAACAGGAUGCUGUAGAGAUCUAGAUCAAGCAUGUAUGGAAGCAGUGGCUGCCUUGCUUCGUGGCCUCCCACUCCAGCCAGAGGAGAGCGACCGUGGUGACCUUAUGGAAGCAAAAUCUCAACUGUUUUUGAAAUAUUUUACUCUUUUCAUGAACCUCCUCAAUGACUGCAUGGAGGCUCAAGAGGUUGAGAAAGACGUAAGCCGGCAACGUGUUCAACCAGGCAAGCUCUCCACCUUACGCAAUGCCACCAUCCAGGCUAUGUCAAACCUUCUCUCUGCAAACAUUGAUUCAGGCCUGAUGCACUCCAUAGGACUGGGAUACCACAAAGACUUGCAAACUAGAGCAGCAUUUAUUGAGGUGCUAACAAAGAUAUUACAACAAGGAACAGAAUUUGACACGUUAGCAGAGACUGUUCUUGCUGAUCGUUAUGAACAACUGGUGCAGCUAGUUACCAUGAUUGGCGAUAAGGGAGAGCUGCCAAUUGCAAUGGCACUUGCUUCGGUUGUUGUCACUCCACAAAUGGAUGAACUAGCCCGAGUGUUUGUUACCCUGUUUGAUGCCAAGCACCUGCUGUCCCCGCUGCUGUGGAACAUGUUUUAUAAGGAGGUCGAAGUAUCAGACUGUAUGCAGACUUUAUUCAGAGGGAACUCACUGGGCAGCAAAAUUAUGUCUUUCUGUUUCAAGAUCUACGGGGCUUCUUAUCUGCAUAAUCUUUUAGAGCCAUUGAUACGGCCACUGAUUGAUGAUUGUGUUCACUCCUAUGAGGUUGAUCCAGCAAGGCUUGAUCCCACCGAGGAUGUGGAAGAAAACAGAAGGAACCUUGUAGCUCUCACACAGAGAGUGUUUGGUGCUAUAAUUUGUUCCUCAGAUAAGUUUCCUCCACAGCUACGCAGCAUGUGUCACUGCCUGUACCAAGUGCUUAGUAAGAGGUUUCCACAAUUUCCACAAAAUAAUAUAGGUGCUGUUGGAACGGUCAUUUUCUUACGCUUCAUCAACCCUGCUAUAGUGUCGCCAUGUGAGACUGGUAUCCUGGAUAGACAACCAAGCCAGCAGAUAAAACGUGGCUUGAUGUUGAUGUCUAAGAUCCUUCAGAACAUUGCUAACCAUGUGGAGUUCAGCAAAGAGCAGCACAUGCUUCCAUUCAACGACUUUGUACGGCAACACUUUGAGGGGGCACGACGCUUCUUUAUACAAAUAGCAAGUGACUGUGAGAGUGUUGAACAAGCCAGCCACAGCAUCUCCUUUAUCAGUGAUGCUAAUGUUCAUGCCUUACACAGACUACUUUGGAACCAUCAGGAGAAAAUAGGAGAAUACCUCUCAAGUAGUCGAGACCACAAAGCUGUCGGGAGAAGGCCUUUUGAUAAAAUGGCAACGUUAUUGGCGUACUUGGGACCACCAGAGCACAAACCCAUUGAUUCUCAGUGGAGCAGCAUGGAUAUGACAAGCACAAAGUUUGAGGAAAUCAUGUCGAAGCAUAAUAUGCACGAAAAGGACGAGUUCAAAUCUAUAAAAACGCUAAAUAUUUUUUACCAAGCAGGAACAUCCAAAGCUGGCAACCCUGUGUUUUAUUAUAUUGCCAGAAGAUACAAAAUUGGUGAGACUAAUGGGGACCUGCUAAUAUACCAUGUGAUCCUUACCCUAAAACCCAUCUGUCGUAAACCCUUUGAGCUGGUGGUGGACUUCACCCACACAUGUGCAGACAAUAGAUUCAGGACAGAAUUUCUACAAAAAUGGUUCGUUGUAUUACCUGAAGUUGCAUAUGAGAACAUCCAUGCUGCCUAUAUCUACAAUGGCAACUCCUGGGUGAGAGAGUAUACAAAAUACCAUGACAGAAUAUUAGCACCACUGAAGGGGCAUAAGAAACUGAUCUUCCUGGAUGCACCUGCAAGAUUGAAUGAUUACAUUGAACCUGAGCAGCAGAAAUUACCUGGAGCUACUACAUCCUUAGAUGAGGACCUGAAAGUCUUCAAUAAUGCUCUCAAAUUGUCUCAUAAGGAUACCAAAGUUGCAAUUAAGGUUGGACCUUCAGCCAUUCAAGUAACAUCAGCUGAAAAAACAAAAGUACUCUCACACUCUGUUCUGCUCAAUGAUGUCUACUAUGCUUCAGAAAUUGAAGAGGUGUGUUUAGUUGAUGAUAACCAGUUUACCUUGACUAUUGCCAAUGAAUCUGGUCCUCUGUCAUUCAUCCACAAUGACUGUGACAACAUUGUGCAGGCCAUCAUCCAUAUUAGAGCCAGAUGGGAACUCUCUCAACCAGAUUCAGUAACAGUGCAUCAAAAAAUCCGGCCAAAAGAUGUUCCAGGCACGUUACUAAAUAUGGCUCUCUUGAAUUUGGGUUCUCUUGACCCUAAUCUGAGAACAGCAGCCUACAACCUUCUGUGUGCCCUCACUGCUACCUUUGACCUCAAAAUUGAAGGACAGUUGCUGGAAACAUCUGGUCUAUGUAUCCCAUCCAACAAUACCAUUUUCAUCAAGAGUGUUAGUGAAAAACUUGCAGUAAAUGAACCUCACCUAACACUUGAGUUCCUGGAAGAGUGUAUACAGGGCUUCCGGGCCUCAAGUAUAGAGCUCAAGCAUUUGUGUCUGGAGUAUAUGACUCCUUGGCUACCCAAUUUAACAAGAUUUUGCAGCCAUCCAGAUGACAAAAAGCGAGCCAAGGUUGCCAUGAUUCUUGAUAAACUGAUCACACUAACUAUUGAGGAAGUUGAAAUGUAUCCUUCUAUUCAAGCCAAGAUCUGGGGCAAUAUAGGACAAGUCUCCGAGUUGAUCGAUAUGGUGCUAGACUCUUUCAUCAAGCGGUCGGUUACGGGUGGCCUGGGGUCUGGUCAAGCGGAGAUCAUGGCUGAUACUGCUGUGGCCUUAGCAUCUGCUAAUGUGGCUUCAGUAGCAAGAAAAGUUAUUGGUCGCCUGUGUAGGGUGAUAGACAAGACCUGCACAUCUCCAACACCGACACUGGAACAGCACUUGAUGUGGGAUGACAUAGCCAUUUUGGCCAGAUAUUUACUCAUGCUCUCCUUCAACAACUGCCUCGAUGUAGCACGCCAUCUACCGUACCUGUUUCAUAUUAUAACCUUCUUGGUGUGUACUGGACCAGUCUCCAUGAGAGCAUCCACACAUGGCCUUGUCAUCAAUAUCAUUCACUCACUAUGUACCUGUACCAAACCCUCUUUUUUAGAGGAAACUCAGCGUGUGUUACGGCUGUCUUUAGAUGAGUUUUCUCUGCCUAAGUUUUACCUACUCUUUGGAAUAAGCAAGGUGAAGUCUGCUGCCGUCACAGCAUUUAGAUCUUCCUAUAGACACACGGGUGAGCGAGGACUCAGAUUUGGCACAGACCGUAGUCUCUCUUGUAAUGUGGGUGACCGUGAAAGACUGUCCCUAACAUCACUAGAGACCAUUACUGAUGCGCUGCUUGAAAUGAUGGAGGCUUGUAUGAGAGACAUCCCAGACUGUGACUGGCUACAAGCAUGGACCGGCCUGGCUAAGAGUUUUGCAUUCCAGUAUAAUCCAGCUCUUCAACCCAGAGCCCUCAUUGUCUUUGGUUGUAUAAGUAAAAGUAUAGUUGACCAAGACAUCAAGCAGCUGCUGCGAAUUCUGGUUAAGGCGUUGGAGAGCUUUUCAGAUAUAACGCUUAUAGAUUCUAUCAUUAUGUGCCUCACACGACUUCAGCCUCUACUCAGACCAGAGUCUGCAAUUCAUCAGGCUCUGUUUUGGGUUGGUGUAUCAGUGCUACAGUUGGACGAGGUGGCCCUCUAUGCCUCUGGCCUGGCUCUAUUGGAACAGAACCUCCACACACUAGAUUCUCAGGGAAGUUUUGAUAAUAAUACUCUGGAGCACGUCAUGAUGUCUACAAGAGAGUCUCUUGAAUGGUUUUUUAAGCAGUUAGACCAUUCUGUGGGACUCAGCUUUAAGGGUAACUUCCAUUUUGCAUUGGUGGGUCACUUGUUAAAAGGUGUUCGUCACCCAGCACCAGCAACUGUGUCUCGCACAUCAAGAGUGCUCAUCACACUGCUCUCCAUUGUUGCUAAACCACAUAAGAGAGAUAAAUUUGAGGUAACACCAGAAAAUGUGGCUUAUCUUGCUGCCCUUGUGUCCAUGUCGGAAGAAGUUAGAUCCAGAUGUCAUCUGAGGUAUUCAGUGGCACGAAAUCUCUCCAAAUCUGCAUCAUCAGACACUUUUGCUGUGGGCCUUCACUUGAACCUUCCACCUACAUCAUCCCAAGUGAGUGGGAUGACCAGCAACCAACAAUGUGCUUUGCAACAAUCUGGAGGAGCAUCUUCUCCAAGUAAUCACAUAUCUUCUCCUGGCUCAUCUUUUCCAACCAAUGGAAGCUUCACUAAUAUGGCCACAUCUUCUAAUGCCAGCACAGUUACUCUAGCAUCAUUGUGUAGCACAACAACAACUGGGGCAAGUAGUGUUGGCAACAGUGGUGGCAGUAAUGGUGUAGGCAGUACUGGCAGUGUUGCCACUGCAUCAACUGCAGUCGUAGGUGUAAGCAGUGGUAUUGUUAGUGGUGGUAGUGGAACGCCAAUUUCAGUAGGGAUCUCAGCAGACAUGCGAUCCCCUCCUACCAUUACUAAAGACCCACCUCCACCUUCUUCUGGUGUUCCUGCAAACAGAAGACAGAAGCCCUGGGAUACAGUGGACCAAAUUUGUCUAUCACAGGGUACGAUGGGUAUGCUAGGACCGCAGGGCACGAUGCAGAAGCAGGGGAGUGCCCAACAGCUGGUGAGCAGAGCAGACCCCAAGACAUGGCACUCCCUUGACCUUGACCCCCAUAACAUGCGACCACCACCAUUUAAAACUCAAAGGUCUUCCUCGAUGCCCACACCUAAGGGUGACAUGUCUCCCCCUCCCAAAGAGCGCGGUGCCAGAGUCUCGGUCAGCAACGAAAAUAACAUCCUCCUUGAUCCUGAAGUCCUAACAGAAUUUUCUACUCAAGCCCUUGUUCUGACAGUUCUGGCUACUCUUGUAAAAUAUACUACUGAUGAGAAUGAGAUGAGAGUUUUGUAUGAGUACUUGGCUGAGGCUUCAGUUGUCUUCCCCAAGGUCUUCCCUGUCAUCCAUUCACUAUUGGAUGCCAAGAUAACAUCAGUACUAUCCUUAUGCCAUGAUGGUGUGAUUCUGAGUGCAGUUCAGUCUAUCAUUCAGAAUAUGGUAGCAUGUGAGGACCAAGGUCACCAGCAGCUUCACCACCUUCAGAGUUGGGGCUUUGGAGGCCUCUGGAGAUUUGCUGGACCAUUUACCAAGAGUAAUUGUACAGCAGAAAAUGCAGAGCUGUUUGUCAACUGCUUGGAAGCCAUGGUAGAGACAGCAUUGCCUGCUGAUGGUGAUGACAGUUCAGAGAUGGAGCUGGCACAGUACCCAUCUAUGCUGUCAGUGGCUUCAGUCAAUCUCUCCUCGUCCAUGUCUUCUCUCACUCUAGCCUCACCCACUGAGAAGGAAGUUGAUGGGAGUGAUGGAGUUGGUGGUGCACAGAACCUUCCUUCACACCCAACUAGCUCUCGUCCCAAGCCAGCACUACCCAACCUGAUUGCCAAGCAGCGCUCCUUCCGUUGCAAACUGUCCAACAAGAGCAAGUAGCUGUAAAAGAGGAUGAUACCUUAACCUAAUCCCACAGAUGAGUCAACUGGCAUAGAUCCGAGAUCUUUUCCCAUACAUUAUUGACACGAUACUAGGGGCAAAUAGAAGAUAGGGAUACAAUGAUAGAGAUGGCAGCUUUCUCUUACACAUUGGCCAGAGAAUAAAGCCUCAUGGUUAGCAGCUCUUUAAUGAUAUCAGCUGCAUUCAAUAUUUCAGUUUUAAUGAAAAUAUUAUGUGAUGCAGGCUGCAAUUCAGGGAUGCUUUGGAUAGGCAGCUUACUUGUUACACAAUAUCUUAAGUUGUUACAGUGGCUCUCAGAGCUUCACAGAAACCAACAGUUUUGGGUUAUGUAAGAUGAAUGUUUCAGGCAAAUAAUGACACUAAUUAAAAUAUGAUGGAUGUGAUCAAAUACAUUUGCAGUAAAGUGCACACUUGUUGUUCCCUUGCUGGCUUGGGAUAAUGUGAUACUUUCUUCAUUCAUGGCCAAAGGUAUACUAGAUUAUAAGUAAAUCUAGUUUAUAUAAGUUAUUUUGGAUGUUUGUUGAGUGUUGAGCUUCCUUACCAAUGGUAUGUGGGCCUAAGAAGAGGCUACUUUUAUCAAGAUUACAUUAAUGUCACACAUUGCUUAUCUAGUAUUCCAAGUUAUGUUUGGCGACUAUUGUUGGGUGUCGUUGUGUGACUGCCAAGUUAUGUUUGGCAACUACUGUUGGUGUUGUGUGACUGCCAAGUUAUGUUUGGCGACGUCUGUUGGUGUCGUUGUGUGACUGCCAAGUUAUGUUUGGCGACGUCUGUUGGUGUCGUUGUAUGACUGCCAAGUUUAUUGUGAUGAAUAUGAUUCUCUUUCUGACCUUGAAAGAAAGAGUUGCUUGUGUGUACUAGGUACAUGAGUUCUGUAAAUAUAGCUUGCAGCUGAGGAAAGUAAUCCUCCCUACUUUUGAAAUGUAACUACUUGUGACCUGUUAGUUGUUCUGUGCAGAUUGGGUUUAGCCACCCAGGACAAGGGUAUUCAUUAAUUAUUUAGGUAAACAUGUAAUGAGGUUAUAAGAAAAACAAUCAGUAUUGUAUUUUUUGUCAGUGAACUUUUGUAAAAUAAUAAAAUGGGUACAUGUUAGUGUGAGUGAAGCAGUGAAUGUUUAUGCGACGUUUGAAAGACCAUAUUUGUAGUGACUAUAAACAGCUUCAGCCCACGUUGAAUUUGUGACAUGUUACUGCUUUUAAUGUUUAUCAUGGAAACAAGUGUUGAGAAAGAGAACGUGUGGUGCAUAACCUCAGAAUGUUACACAUGAAUGCCCUUCUUUUCAUGUCAGUACAGUAUUUUGUAUAAGGUUCAUAUUACCCCUGAAACUGACACAAAUGAGCCUUACUAAGAUUUUAUUUUAUAAUGGUCACUAAUGGCAAUCUUUUGUUAACAAAAUUAAAAAGGUAUUUAACAAUUCCUUGUGAGUGAUAGCAAAGAAGUCUGAUAGUCACAUUGGGCUAGCAUAGAGCUCAGUAUUUUCCUUUAACUGCCUCACUCAUUUAUGCAGCCUAUCCAAGUGAAAAUGAAUAAAUGGGUCCCUACAAUUCACGUUCCUCAAUUUUAGCUGUAUAUAUGACACUACCAAGUCCAUUUUCUCUUCAUUUGUGGAGGAUACGUAAGAGAGUGCAACUGACUUCUAAAAUGAAAUAAUAAUAUUGUACAAUA